GAAUCUGUGUUUGUUAAAACGUAAUUUUAAGAACUGUGUCAUAGACUAAACUUAACUAGUACCGUCUUACCAACUUGAAAAGUUUCUGAUAAAUUUGCAAAUAUGUGAUUGUUAAAAAAUAAUACAAGUUCGAUCCCCGGUCCCGAAAGAAUAGCUUUGUUGAAAUUCUAGUGGCAGUUGGAACAGAACUACAGUAAAGUGCUAACGUAAUUUUGCUAUACCACCUGAAAAUUGAGUGCAAGAUGAUUGUAUUGAACACGUUGAAGUAGCUUAGCCAUGUCCACGUACAAGCCUGAUUGUCGCAAGUUCCAAGCGAACAUCUUUAAUAAGAGCAAAUGUACGAACUGCUUUCGUCAACGUGAGGAACACUCCACGGAUGCUCUGGACUCCAACAGAGACCAAAACAUCGCCCCGAAACGCGUCCACUACCUGUUCGAUGGACCUCUAAUGUGGUCACCCAAAACUAAGGGUUGCCCGAGUCGCAUCCAGCGAAUCGUAGAAGGCCCUCCAGCCUUGGGCGAUUUAUCGGACGGGUGUCCUUCCUUCUCAGCUGUUAUCUUGGCGGCAAGCCGUGCGGUAUCAAAAUGCGGAUACCUCUUCGUGGCUCCCGACUGGGACUUCACCAUCCCUCUGUACAGAACCAAGGCUCUCUACACUAGUUUGAGCCUACGAGUUGUGUGGCGUGGCGCUGUGGCGGAGUGGCUGUGUGGGUCGCUCGCCACACUUCACUGUGUGGUGCAUGGUGGCGUGACGGCGUGGCGCUGUGGUGAAGUGGCUGUGUGGGUCGCUGGCGCUGUGGUGGAGUGGCUGUGUGGGUCGCCCGCCACAAUUUACUGUGUGGUGCAUGGUGGCGUGACGGUGUGGCGUUGUGGUGAAGUGGCUGUGUGGGUCGCCCGCCACACUUCACUUGUGAUAGAUUGCGCGUCUCAAGACUCCUGA